AUGGACAAUGACUACGAGUUUGAUCCGUUUAUUAUAUUAAUGUUAGUAGGAUGGCCAAUUAUUACGGUAGUAGUAGGUGGCCCACUUGCUGGUCUUUUUAUUUGUAUUAUUAAGUGUUGUUGUGAACGUCAACCUCCGACACAAUCAAUCGGGAUGACCACAAUGGCCAUUCGUGAGAGUAGUCCCGAAUUUGCAAUAGAUAUAAGUGAUGAUGAGGCAAGUGAUGAUGUCAGCGAGACCGAAGAAGAAGAAGAAGAAGAAGAAGAAAGCGCUUUUGAAGAAGACGAAAGCACCCCGAUUGUGGAGACCAAAAACAGACUGAAGGAACACAAGUACAACGAUGGCACACGCGACAUUAUCAAUAACAAUUGUGUGAUAUGUAUGGAAGGGUUUGAAGAGAAUGAGACAGUCCAAGUUGUGUCGUCGUGCCAACAUCCGUUUCAUACUAAAUGUAUUUACGAAUGGUUGUACCUUAAUCCAAGUUGCCCUAUUUGUCGAGUAUAUGUCAAAUCGUGA